CAUUCAUCUCUCAUUCCAAACCAAAAGCAAGAACAAAAAGAAGAAGAAAAGAAACACAAAUCAACAAUGGCGGUGAAGAAGAAAGUUUCAUGGAGAUCAUUAAUCGUUGGAUGUUUAGGAGAUCCAGAAACCCUAAUGGCUUCUUCAAAGAAACCUAAAAGAAAAGAUGACGUCAUCAAGAAACAGAGCUCGUUUCAAAGACUAUCGAUUCUUGAUAUGAGCAAUCCAAGUUCCAACACUUUAUCAGAAGAUCUAUCGAUUUCUUUGGCUGGAUCAGAUCUUCAUGUGUUUACCCUAGCAGAGCUUAAAGUCAUUACACAAAGCUUUUCAUCGACAAAUUUCCUCGGUGAAGGAGGGUUUGGUCCUGUUCAUAAGGGUUUCAUCGAUGAUAAGCUACGUCCUGGUCUUAAAGCUCAGCCUGUUGCUGUUAAAUUGCUUGAUCUUGAAGGUCUUCAAGGUCACCGUGAAUGGCUGACGGAAGUUAUGUUUUUAGGACAAUUGAAGCAUAAAAAUUUGGUGAAAUUGAUUGGUUAUUGUUGUGAGGAAGAACAUAGAACUCUUGUUUAUGAGUUCAUGCCUCGUGGCAGCUUAGAGAAUCAACUAUUCAGAAGAUACUCUGCCUCGCUUCCAUGGUCAACAAGAAUGAAGAUCGCUCAUGGAGCUGCAACAGGACUUCAAUUCUUACACGAAGCCGAAAAUCCCGUUAUCUAUCGGGAUUUCAAAGCCUCGAAUAUCUUGUUAGAUUCGGAUUACACGGCGAAACUCUCUGACUUCGGGUUAGCCAAAGACGGACCAGAAGGAGACGAUACUCACGUGUCAACGCGAGUGAUGGGUACACAAGGCUACGCGGCUCCUGAAUACAUUAUGACCGGUCAUUUAACAGCAAGAAGUGACGUGUACAGCUUUGGAGUCGUGUUGCUCGAGCUUUUGACUGGACGAAGAUCAGUAGACAAAAAGAGAUCAUCGAGGGAACAGAACUUAGUGGACUGGGCUCGUCCAAUGCUCAAUGACCCACGUAAACUAUGUCGAAUCAUGGACCCGAGACUUGAAGGUCAGUACUCAGAGACAGGAGCAAGAAAAGCAGCAACAUUGGCUUACCAAUGCUUAAGCCACCGACCGAAGAACCGGCCUUGUAUGAGUGCUGUUGUCUCUAUCCUCAACGAUCUUAAGGACUAUAAUGAUAUUCCUAUGGGGACAUUUACUUACACGGUGCCAAACACUCCGGACAAGUCAGUCUCGGACAAUAAAGAAGAUGAAGGUCGUGUGGGUAAUAAGCCACGUAAGAGUAGUCACCAUCAUCAUCAACAACAAAGUAAUCAUCCACGGUCGUCGCCAUCACCAAUGGCCAAGUCACCAUCGCCGACGACCAAGUCGCCAUCUCCCACGGCCAAGUCGCCGAGGAAUUCCAGAGAAAACCACCGGAGAACGUUGAGAAAUGGAGUGGAUUCGCCGUUGAGAAGUGAGGCAGGUGGGGAACGGUACUGAGUUUUCUAGUCUCACCAACUCUUAAAAUUCUUUUUUUUUAUAAAUUAAAUCUAAUGUA